AACAAAAUAAUUGGUGACAAUGAUUUGAUUAGUUGGUUAUUGUCAAUUGUCAAGACACGAAAGCAAGUGACGUGUAUUUAGUGUUAAUAUUUAAUUUUAAAUUUAUUCAAUUUUUUAAUCACAUUAAUAGUGAUGUGUCUAGUUAAGACUUAAAAAUAAUUGUUAAUCACCAUUCUACAUUUUCCUACAAUAAUAAUUUAAAAUGAGUACUUAUGAAGAAUAUAUACAACAAAAUGAAGACCGUGAUGGAAUUCGAUUUACUUGGAAUGUCUGGCCAUCUAGUCGAAUUGAAGCCACUCGGCUGAUAGUUCCUCUCGCUUGCCUUUACCAACCCAUUAAAGAACGUCUGGAUCUUCCACCAAUACAGUAUGAUCCCGUUCUCUGUACUCGAAAUAAUUGCCGUGCAAUAUUAAACCCUCUAUGUCAAGUAGAUUACAGAGCUAAGCUUUGGGUAUGCAAUUUUUGUUUCCAGAGAAAUCCAUUUCCUCCACAAUAUGCAGCCAUCUCUGAACAGCACCAACCUGCUGAGUUGAUGCCUAUGUUUUCUACUAUUGAAUAUACUAUUACCAGGGCCCAGUGUCUUCCACCAAUAUUUUUGUAUGUCGUUGAUACUUGUAUGGAUGAGGAAGAACUAAAUUCUCUUAAAGAUUCAUUACAAAUGUCUUUGAGUUUACUUCCUCCAAAUGCAUUGAUAGGUUUGAUUACAUUUGGGAAAAUGGUACAGGUUCACGAGUUAGGUACUGAAGGCUGUAGUAAAUCGUAUGUCUUUAGGGGUACUAAAGAUCUAACUGCUAAACAAGUUCAGGAAAUGUUAGGUAUAGGAAAAGUUGCUGUGAACCCACAACAAACUCCUCAACAGCCAGGACAAGGUCUUAGACCCGGACAAAUGCAACAAACUCCAAUUGCUCCUGGAAGUAGGUUCCUGCAACCAGUUAGUAAAUGUGAUAUGAAUCUAACAGAUUUGAUAGGAGAACAACAAAAGGAUCCCUGGCCUGUCCAUCAAGGAAAGAGAUCCCUGCGAUCUACCGGCGUUGCUUUAUCAGUUGCCAUUGGAUUAUUAGAAUGCACUUACUCCAAUACUGGUGCUAGAGUUAUGUUGUUUGUUGGCGGACCUUGUUCCCAAGGACCAGGUCAAGUUUUGAAUGAUGAUUUGAAGCAACCUAUUCGGUCUCAUCAUGAUAUACAGAAGGACAAUGCUAAAUAUAUGAAAAAGGCUAUUAAACAUUACGAUAGCUUAGCAAUGAGAGCUGCUACAAAUGGACAUUGUGUAGAUAUUUACUCAUGCGCUCUCGAUCAAACUGGUCUUAUGGAGAUGAAACAAUGCUGCAAUUCUACAGGUGGUCAUAUGGUAAUGGGAGAUUCAUUUAAUUCCUCGUUGUUUAAACAAACCUUCCAGAGGGUAUUCAAUAGAGAUCAAAAAAAUGAUUUAAAAAUGGCGUUUAACGGUACUUUGGAAGUGAAGUGUUCUAAAGAAUUAAAAAUACAAGGAGGUAUUGGAUCGUGUGUUUCUUUGAAUGUUAAAAGUCCUUUGGUAUCAGAUACCGAAAUAGGUAUGGGUAGUACCGUGCAAUGGAAAAUGUGCACAUUAACACCUAGUACAACGAUGGCCUUAUUCCUCGAGGUUGUAAAUCAACAUUCCGCGCCUAUUCCUCAAGGCGGUAGGGGUUGUAUCCAAUUUAUCACACAGUAUCAGCAUUCGAGUGGUCAAAGGAGAAUCAGAGUGACGACUGUUGCUCGUAAUUGGGCCGAUGCGACUGCUAAUAUUCACCACAUAAACGCCGGUUUUGAUCAAGAAGCUGCCGCUGUUAUUAUGGCUCGAAUGGCAGUGUAUAGAGCGGAAUCAGACGACAGUCCAGACGUUCUGAGAUGGGUAGAUAGAAUGUUGAUCCGAUUGUGUCAAAAAUUCGGGGAAUACAACAAAGACGAUCCGAAUUCGUUCAGAUUAACUCAAAAUUUCAGUCUUUAUCCGCAGUUCAUGUACCAUUUGAGGAGAUCGCAAUUUUUGCAAGUUUUUAAUAAUUCUCCAGACGAAACAUCAUUUUAUAGACAUAUGUUGAUGCGUGAGGACCUAACGCAAUCUCUGAUUAUGAUCCAACCGAUUUUGUACAGCUACAGCUUCAACGGACCUCCAGAACCGGUGUUAUUAGAUACAAGUUCCAUUCAACCCGACAGAAUACUCUUGAUGGACACGUUUUUCCAAAUAUUAAUCUUUCAUGGAGAGACUAUUGCACAAUGGCGUAAUUUAAAAUAUCAAGAUAUGCCAGAAUAUGAAAACUUCAGGCAGCUUCUUCAGGCGCCGGUAGAUGACGCUCAAGAGAUUUUACAGACUAGAUUCCCAAUGCCCAGAUAUAUCGAUACGGAACAAGGAGGAUCUCAGGCUAGAUUUUUACUAUCAAAAGUCAAUCCAAGUCAAACUCAUAACAAUAUGUAUUCAUAUGGAGGGGACUCCGGAGCUCCAGUUUUGACAGAUGAUGUUUCUCUUCAAGUGUUUAUGGACCAUUUAAAGAAGUUGGCAGUUUCUUCAACAGCCUAAUUGAUAAAGGAAAUAUUUAUUAUUGCUUUAAUGUAUUUAUACUAGACAUCUUUGUUGUAACUUUUUAUUUAAGUAUUUCUGAUUGUGGACAAAUAUUAUUUUAUUUAGCAACUUAUAGGCAUAAAUGUAUCCAAGAGAAAUUAAUUUUUAUAAAUAAUUAAUUGUAUCGUUGUUACUGCUC